AUGGCACUACGAACCCUACUUCUGCUCUCGGCCCUUACCAAGACCUGGGCGGGCUCCCACUCCUUGAAGUAUUUCCACACUUCCGUGUCCCGGCCCGGCCGCGGGGGGCCCCGCUUCAUCUCCGUGGGCUACGUGGACGACACCCAGUUCGUGCGGUAUGACAGCGACGCCGCGAGUCCGAGGAUGGAGCCGCGGGCGCCGUGGGUGGAGCAGGAGGGGCCGGAGUAUUGGGACCAGGAGACACGGAGCGCCAGGGACACCGCACAGACUUUCCGAGUGAACCUGGAGACCCUGCGCGGCUACUACAACCAGAGCGAGGCCGGGUCUCAUACCCUCCAGUGGAUGCAUGGCUGCGACCUGGGGCCGGACGGGCGCUUCCUCCGCGGGUAUGAACAGUUCGCCUACGACGGCAAGGAUUAUCUCACCCUGAAUGAGGACCUGCGCUCCUGGUCCGCGGUGGACACGGCGGCUCAAAUCUCCGAGCAAAAGUCAAAUGAUGGCUCUGAGGCUGAGCACCAGAGAGCCUACCUGGAAGACACAUGCGUGGAGUGGCUCCACAGAUACCUGGAGAAUGGGAAGGAGACGCUGCAGCGCUCGGAACCCCCAAAGACACACGUGACCCACCACCCCGUCUCUGAUCAUGAGGCCACCCUGAGGUGCUGGGCCCUGGGCUUCUAUCCUGCGGAGAUCACAGUGACCUGGCAGCGGGAUGGGGAGGACCAGACCCAGGACACGGAGCUUGUGGAGACCAGGCCUGCAGGGGAUGGAACUUUCCAGAAGUGGGCAGCUGUGGUGGUACCUUCUGGAGAGGAGCAGAGAUACACGUGCCAUGUGCAGCAUGAGGGGCUACCCGAGCCCCUCACCCUGAGAUGGGAGCCGUCUUCCCCGUCCACCAUCCCCAUCGUGGGCAUCAGUGCUGGCCUGGUUCUCCUUGGAGCUGUGGUUGGAGCUGUGGUUGCUGCUGUGAUGUGGAGGAGGAAGAGCUCAGGUAGAAAAGGAGGGAGCUACUCUCAGGCUUCGUGUAGCGACAGUACCCAGGGAUCUGAAGAGUCUCUCACAGCUUAUAAA